AUGGCCUUGAGAGCGCAUCUCGAAAGAGUGAGGAAGGCUCACACUGCUCGACUCGCAAACCCAGUGCUUGGAGCCCGUUGGUUCCAACACAAGCAGGAGCAAUCCGAGGUUGUCAGCGGCGCUUCCGAGAGCAUGUUCUCGGGCUGUCCACCUACCCAGUUGGGCCUGGAGAGCUCCACACAGGAGAUUGGACAAGAAUUGGCAGAAGGCAUCAGGUACAGUGUCUCUCUGUGUAAAGUACAACUCCAUCACCCCGUCAGCAAGGGCCAGAGAUGGCUCGGAUUUCAGAAUGAGUCUGCUUUGAAUUUUUCUGAGACCUGCAAAGUCCAGACCAUCAAGGCAGGCACGCUAGAGCAACUGGUGGAAUACUUGGUAUCAGCCUUCAGAAGCAAUGAUUCCGCCUACGUUACCAUAUUCCUGUGUACCUACCGUGCCUUUGCCACCACCGAACAGGUGCUGGACCUCCUGCUUAACAGGUAUAGCCGACUUCACCCUCAAGCCAACAAGGAUCAUGGACAGCAGGCCACAUCUGACCGGCUGGAACUACAAAACGCCAUUUCCUCCGUUCUGGGAGCCUGGUUGGACCAAUACCCUGAGGACUUUCUCCAGCCCCCAGAUUUCACCUGCCUCAAACGGCUUGUCUCCUAUGUUCAGCACAACAUCCCUGGUUCAGACGUCGAACGCCGAGCCCACCUACUCCUCUCCCAGUUCCAGAGACAGAAACCCAGUGAGGCAGAGGCAGAAGCCCCUGAGUCUGUCAGCUCUUUCCAUCUAACAGAAGAAGAAAAUGGAUUUGGAGAAGGAAAACCUGACUUCCUGGACUUCUCUCCAGAGAUGGUGGCAGAACAGUUCACAUUAAUGGAUGCGGAGCUGUUUAAGAAGGUGGUCCCCUAUCACUGCUUGGGCUACAUCUGGUCCCAGAGAGACAAAAAAGGCAAUGAACACUUGGCCCCCACCAUUCGGGCCACCGUCUCCCAGUUCAACUGUGUCACCAACUGCGUCAUCGCCACGUGCCUAGGGGACCGAGGGCUGAAGCCCCAGCAGCGAGCCAAGGUGGUGGAGCGGUGGAUUGAGGUGGCCUUGGAAUGCCGGCUACUCAAAAACUUCUCCUCCCUCCUUGCCAUCCUCUCUGCCCUGCAGUGCAAUGCAAUUCACCGCCUACAGAAGACCUGGGAUAAAGUGGCAAGGGAAAGUUUCCGAACCUUCCAUGAGCUGUCAGAGAUCUUCUCUCAUGAGAACAACCACUUGCUGAGCCGGGAGCUCCUCCUUAAGGAGGGGACCUCAAAGUUUGCCACGCUAGAAAUCAACUCCAAGAAAGCGCAAAAGCGGCAGCAGCAGCAGAGGGAGAUGGGCGCCAUGCAAGGCACUAUUCCUUACCUUGGCACCUUCCUCACAGAUCUGGUGAUGUUGGACACAGCGACGAAGGACUACCUGGAAGGGGGCCUGAUCAACUUUGAGAAGAGGAGAAAGGAGUUUGAAGUGAUUACCCAGAUCAAGCUGCUGCAGGCAGCCUGCAACAAUUACCGUUUCACACCAGAAGUACCCUUUACAGCUUGGUUCCAUAGCGUGGAGAGGCUCAGUGAAUCUGAGAGUUACCGUUCGUCCUGUGAGCUGGAACCCCUGUCAGAAUCUGCCAGGAACACCCUGCAGGCCAAGAAGAACACAGGGGUUAUCAAACGAUGGAGUGAUCGCCAGGCCCCCAGUGCAGAACCCGGCACAGGUGGCAGUUCCCAUUCCAAGUCCAUUGACCGGCUGAAGUCUGGGCCCUACCUGAGCAGUGGGGAUGGCGCAGACUCCUUCAGCAUCACCUCAGCAGGUUCCUCCAGUUCAGAUGCGGAAGGAAUUAAUAGCAGCUUCGCGACAGAGUCUCCAGACUGCCAAGAGAAUAAGUUCCGGGAAUCAACAGCCUUAUCCUCCCUGGACAAGUCAUGUAUCUUGUCCGACUCCAGCAAUGGCUCGUCCUCCUCCGCCUCGUCCCCCUGCUCCACACCGCUGACUGCUUCCCGAACCCACAGGCGCUCCAUCUCCAGAGUCUCCAGAUACUCCUCCCUCUCCUUUCCCCUCCACAAUCGACAGAUUGAUGAUUGCUGUAUCAUUCGAGUGAGUCUGGCUGUGGAAAAUGGGAACAUGUACAAGAGUGUCCUGGUGACAAGCCAGGAUAAGACCCGAGCGGUGAUUCGGGAAGCCAUGGUCAAAUACAAUCUGCAUGAUGACCAGCUGGAAGACUAUGAGCUCAUACAGAUGAUCUCUGAGGAGAGAGAGCUGAAGAUCCCAGGAAAUGCCAACCUGUUCUAUGCUAUGGACUCCACUGCCAACUAUGACUUUGUCCUGAAGAAGAUGGCCUUCCCUAAGGGGGAAAAGGUCAAGCAUGGAGCCAGCUCGAUACUGCAGAGAAUGAAAAAGAAAAGCCUCAAAAUCACCGAAGGCAUCUUCCAACAAAUUGUGACAACAGGUUCUCGACAGGAGCGGAGAGAGAAUCUGGCGUGA